CCGGGUUUGGCAGGACAUUCUGGACAAAAGGGAGAUAAAGGAGACAUGGGUUUGAAAGGAGAUCCUGGACCUCAAGGCCUACCUGGUCUCAAAGGUGAUAAAGGGGAACCAGGCCUGCCAGGUCCGGGAACACUCUCGGUUGAACAGCAAGCUCAAAAAGGGGACCAGGGUCCCUCAGGAAUUCCUGGAGAAAAGGGAGACGCCGGCCUGCCCGGUCAACCAGGAGCACCAGGGAAAGAGGGCAAAAGGGUGAGUAAACCGAAGCAGGUCGCCGCCUGUGUGGGCUGGAUCCAUGUUGCGUGUAUGUGUUUGUGUGACCGACCCAUCAGCGAGACAAGCCUUCGGGAGUGA